UUAACAAAUCAAACAGGCAGGGGAGGCGAGAAUACAUUCGUGUACUGUACAGACGGAUUUGUAGAUUAGGUUAUGUUAUUUUAAAUGUUUUAAGUUAGUACAGUGUGAAUGAACAAUGGUAAAUGAUAUUAAGUAAAACUAAUAAAAAGUGCGUAUGAAAGAAAUAAGCGGAAAAGUUAAAGUUACUAUCAUCGUGGAACAAGUCAGGAAGAUUUAAUUUGAAGGUAUGGGUGUACGUGGGUUGACAACAUUUGUUAAAAGUCAAGAAAAAAAAUAUUUGAAAAGUUACAAACUACACAACUGCAAGGUAUUGUUGGAUGGAAACAGUAUAGCUUCAAACUUGUUCAUCUGGAGUCACAUAGAAUCAGCAUUUGGAGGAGAUUACGAUAAGUUUGCUAAAUAUGUCAAAGAGUUUUUUAAACUUCUACUAAAAUGUGAGAUAAAUCCACUUGUGGUGUUUGAUGGUGGUUAUGAGAUGAAAAAGUUGAGGACGGUUUAUUCUCGAAUGAAAGACAAAUACAAAUCAAUUCGCCUUGCCCAGCCCCUCUUUGGAUCAGCGAAUUUUCCAUUGUUUAUGAAAUCUGUAUUUCGAGAAGUAUUGGUUGAGUUAAAUAUUCCGUUUGCUCAAAGCGAUUUUGAAGCUGAUGAUGAGCUUGCCGCUUUAGCAAGACAGUUGCAAUGUCCAAUUGUGAGUUAUGACUCAGACUUUUACAUUUAUGAUGUCACGUAUAUCCCAUUACCUACAGUGUGCCUGGAACCUAUUCCACUGCAAAAUAAUAGUUUGGAUAAAAACGGCAAACCCAAGUACUAUCUUGAUUGUAAAGUCUACAAUGUGGACGUUCUCAUCAACAGUUUUGGAGGUCUCGACAAAAGCAUGCUUCCACUUCUCGCUGUUUUAUUGGGAAAUGAUUACAUCAAACGGUCAGUGUUUAAGGCGUUUUAUCAACAUUUGAAAAUUCCGAAAGGAAAAACCAACGCACUUCAGAGACGAAUUAAAGCAGUAAUUGAGUGGUUAAGAAACGAGACCUUUGAAUCUGCAGUUAGAAAGAUAAUAGGCAGAAUGAAACAAAACAGAAGAAAAUAUGUAAUGAAACAAAUUAAGAGAAUUGUUGAUGGGUAUGUUCAAUGUACAAGCAUAUUAAAUGAAUACUUAAUAACCCCUGACACAACCAACAUGUUACAUUCUACAAAUGAUGUUAGCAAAGGAGAAUCUUCUAGGAUAAACUGCCAAGUUGCUGACAUUGUUGAUCACAUUGAAAAAAAUAUGGAAUUUCUAAAUGAAAAUUUGGAACCUAUUGAGAACAAAAUUUCUGAUUUAGAGGAUGGUUUUCUGUCAAAAAAUGAAGAAGCAGGAUCAGAGGAUUCUGCUAGUGAACAGUCAGAGGACGAUAGUGAUUUAGAAUUAAAGAAUCCAAAAACUAAAGAAAUAUUUAAUAGUAAUCAGAAUGACGAAAUAAUUGAAAACCCCAUUCCAAACUGGCUGUUAGAUAGUGCACGAAAGGGCAGUAUUCAGCCUUGUGUUAUAGAUAUUUUAGUUUUAAAUCAAUAUAUUGUCCCACCACAAGUUGAAGACUUUAAUCUCUCAUCUGCACAAUUUAUCAGUUUAAAAAUAUUAAACGCUACAGUAGGGUUGCUGUUGGGAAAAUGUGACAAUUUGGUCAAAUAUUGGGUCAGAACUGGUUCACAUUUAGACUGGUUCACUGUUGAACCAAUCCACGAAACAGCUAGUUUAAAGUUUCCUCCAUGUGGUUCUAUCUUGGAAAUAAGUGAAUCUCUCCGUAGAGCCGUGAUUUUGGAAGUAGCUGAGGUCGACCUUGAUUUAACCUUGCUACCAAGAGAAUGGCACUUAUUCGUUAUAGCUCUUGUUUAUUGGUUGAAGAACAUGGAGGAACCCAUGGUCACUGAGAGCCACCUCCACACAAUGGUGAUGUGUUUGGUUACGAUAUUUACUCUUGAUAGUCACAUCGGAGUGCACAGAAACAGGCAGACUUUCAAAAAAAAGUACAAGAACUUUGUCAAUCGAGUUAUUGAAAAUAGAUGUAAAGAAAAGGGUGUGCAGCAAAAUUUAAAUAAAAGUUGCCCAUCCCUCAUAAAAAACAAAAGUGAAAUAACUAAUCCAAAGAAGGAGCUAGAAAAUGUUUCUCACGACGAUUGUGUCUUGAUGUUUGAAUCAAUUUUACCAUAUCACCACUUAAGUGAAGAAAUCACAGCUAAACCCAAGCUGUUCUGCGUUACCACUGUGCAUGCUUUUUCGCAAUUUCAGAGUUGUCUGUUUAAUUUAGUAGUUCUGAACUCCGUUCUGGGGUUUCCACUUCAAGAAACUUGCAUCUCCAAACUGUUCUCUGGGACCUUCGUGUACAACAUGUUUACCAAUCUGUCCAAACGUAAUAACAUCAGUGCGUAUAUAGAAACAUUCUUUCAAAAUUCUCCAUCUUUACUAAGGUUGUACAAAUCACUGAUAAAUGUACUAGAAGGUUUGUUGACUGAUGUCAAACUUUAUAGAAAGCCAGUAAAGUCACAAAAAAAGAAGAAGAUAAAAGUCAAUCUCAGUGAUGUAGAAACUUUACAUACAGAAGAAGAAGAGGAAGUAGUAGUAGAGGAAAAUGGAUUUUUAGAUGUAAACAAUAAGUUUUCAGUGUUGUCCUUGGAAGAAUGAACUAAUUCAUUAUAAAUACUUCUGGGUUUUAGCAUAUUUAUUGAACUGAUAUUAAGUUAAAUCUGUCUAAUAUUUUCAAGACAGUUUUUAAACUUAAGUUUAUAAGUUUAAUUCUAGUGGAGUUAUUCAAAGCAAAAAUUCCAACAAUUUCUUAGUGUAAGUAUUGCUUUAAGCAAAAUGUACAGCAAUGAUAUUUAUAGAUACAAAUUUUAAGCUGUUUGCUCUAUGUUUUUCUUGUUAAACUUUUUAAGAAGCAUAAGAAGAAUUACUUUAUUCUUUUGUAUUAAGAUAUACCAAAGUUUUACAAGAGGUAUUUUGAAUGAAUUAUAGAAUGAAUGUUCAAAAUGAAUUAGAAAUGUACUUGUAAUAAGUAGAUUUUGUACUUCUUUCAUUCUGUAAAAAUAAAGGCUAUGCCAACAUUGUAAAGAGAUUGAGCGAGCGAACUAAUGGCUGUUCAACAAUAAAGAUGUUUUUGAACUAA